AUGGCAUCGACCUAUGCUCCGACGCGGCUCUCGGUGGCCCCCAUGAUGGACUGGACAGACCGCCACUACCGCUUCAUGAUGCGCCAGAUCACGCGCAAGACGCUGCUGUACACCGAGAUGGUCGUCGAUCAAACGCUUCUGCACCAGAAGGACAACUUGGACUACUUUCUCGGUCAUGACAACAUUGAGCACCCGCUGGCGCUCCAGCUGGGCGGCAACGACGUCGAGAGCCUUGGCACGGUCGCGCGCAUGGCCGAGACCUAUGGCAACUUUCACGAGAUCAAUCUCAACGUUGGAUGUCCGUCGCCUAAGGUGUCGAGCCAGUGCUUUGGCGCGCGCCUCAUGCUCAACCCGGAGCUCGUCCGCGAUAUUUGCUACGAGAUGAUUCGCCAAGUAGCGUCCACGCCGAUCACGGUCAAGUGCCGCAUCGGUGUCGACGAUCUCGACUCGUACGAGCACUUUCAUAGCUUCGUGUCGACGGUCGCCGCGUCGGGUGUGACGGACUUUACGGUGCAUGCGCGCAAGUGCUGGCUCGACGGUCUCAAGCUGAGCCCGCACGAGAACCGAACGAUUCCGUCGCUGAACUACGACUACGUCGGCCGGUUGAAAUCGGAUUUCCCGCACCUCAACAUCAUGCUCAACGGCGGCAUCGGUUCGAUCCAAGACGCCCACGCACUUCUCCAGGACACGAACCUCAACCUCGACGGCGUCAUGAUUGGCCGUGCGGCGUACAACAACCCGUGGAACUUUCGCGACGCGGACCGACUCCUCUUCGACUGCGAGAAUCCGGGCUUUUCCCGGCGCGAAAUCAUCGCCACGUACCUCGACUACGCCGAGGAGAUGCAGGCGACGUGGGGCAAGAGGCGGCGCGAAGUCGGCGAGUACGCGAUGCCGACGUCGACGCUCCUCAAGCCGAUUCUCAACCUCUUCUUGGGCGAGUACGGCGGCAAGGCCAUGAAACGCCACAUCGCCAAUCGCUGGAGCGCCAAGGGCGAGCAACCCGAGCUCCGGGACCUCGUGGAGACGGCGAUCGAAGAGUGCAUUCCCAGCGCUGUGUUGGAUGCGACGGCAAAGGACGACUAGAUUGUCUUUGCACCUGGUUGGACGCUGUUUAAAUGAUUGGAUAUGUUGCACUUGCACGCCA